UGUUGAAAGCGUUCAGACGUAGCAGCCGGAAAAAAGUUGGCUCAAAAGGCAAAACGAAGGUGAAUGCCAAGCUACCAACGCUAAGAAGUGUGGCAAAGUAGAAAAUCUGUUAAUUAAGGCGCGUGUGAAAAGUGUGAAAAUCAGCAUACUGACUGAAAAUCAGCGAGACGGUCAAGCGAAGAGCCAUAAAAAGUGAAAAUUAUCUGUUUAAAGUGGAGUGGAAUGGAAACUCGGUUCUUGCGCCGCAACAGGAAAUAAUCAGUGACCAAAACUAAAAGACCAAGAAGAGCGCAGAAGGGAGUGGCGUGGAGAAGAACAGUGGACUGAAAUCGAGCUGAUCUGAGACGACGGCCGCUGAAUCGAAAAAAAAAACAAAGCCAAGAAAAUAAAGCCAGAGCGAAAAUGAAAGCUGGCCGCGCCUUCGGCUGCCUCUUCUGGGCCCUGCUCUAUUGUGUGUUGUAUCUGGAUCUGGUCAGCGGCAGUUCCGCCGACGAUGAGCUGAUGGACUUUGACUUCGCGGACUCCAAGGAUGCUGUCCAGGAGGACUGGCAGUUGGACGAUCUGGAGGAGGCACAGCAGGCGGAGCAGGCCAACAAGAAGUUGGAGUCCAAUAUGCUGGACUUUAGCGUGGAUCUGGAUGAGCCGGAACCGGAAAGACAACUACCGCCCUUCGACUGGCGGGAAAGGGUGUUGAGGAACGCUCUGGCCAAAGCCUUGGCUGAUGAGGGAUUGCGCCAGAAGUUCGUGGAGGUGAUGCCCAUUCUCAGGGUGCUUUCUUCCCAGCAGCGAUUGGCCCUCUCCGCUUUGAUUUCGGCCCAGAUGAACGCCAAGAAGGGCCACGAACUGAAGUUUGAACAAGUUCGCAUGAUGUUUGGCAAUGACAAAAAGCUGCUUCUGCCCAUAGUCUUUGAUAUCGCAAAUCUGAUAAAGAGUUCCACCCGCAACUAUAUUAAUCUGGGUUCCGACUUGUCAUCAGCUGCCCUUCUCCACACGCCCAUUAAUCGUCGGGAAGAUGACCUAACUGCAGAGGAGUCCCAGCAAGAUGAUCAAGUGGGCACCAUUGCCGUUGAUGUGGAGCCAAAGGGGGUAUCUCCUCGGGAGGACCCUUCCGAAUCUCUAGAGGACUUCUUCGAUGAGAUGGGUGCUGAAGUCCUCGAUCCGCAGAUGAUCAACGAGGCACUGACAGGCGAUCUACUCGGCAAAAAGACAAAGCCUGAGAAACCAGAAAACCAUGGUCAAAGAGUUCGACGAUCGGCUAAUGAGUUUGUACACAAGUUGACUCGAUCCGUGCCUGCUUCUGUGUCCGAACAGCAGCUUUUGGGAGGAAUUGCUGGGCGCACCAUCAAACUGAAUACCACGGCCUUUCAGCAGUCAAGUAGUCAGGAGGAGCAGCAGGUGGCUUCCUCUAAUGACGACCAGGCCUAUUUGGAGGUAGAGGAUCUCGCUUUUGCCGGUCUUAAUGGCACCGAAAUUCCACUGAGUGCCGAUGAGAGAUUAGACCUCCAGCGAAACAGCGCCGAGGAGACGGAAGAACCUCUGCCCAGUCCCGAGGAACUCAUCGCCGGACCGCGUUACCGUCCGGGAAAGAGACCUUUGCCUGGCCAGAAAUCGGGAUCACCCAUUAAGCGAAAGAGGGUCCAGUCUUCUGGGAGAGGAAGACCCAAGACCGCCGCCAGUUCCCACAAGCCCGUGGUGGCACCAUCUCAUAAGAAAUGCGAACGAUUCACCAGCAACAUGUGCAUCCGCACCGAAGACUAUCCGCUCGAACAGAUAAUGGGCAGCAUUCGAAGACACAAGAAUGCCAUGUCCGCUCUCUUGGCCGAGUUCUACGACAAGCCCAACAAUAAUCUGGAGUUUGGCGAUGAAUUCGAUGACUUCAGCCUGAGCAAAAAGAGGCGUGAGGAUGAAGGCAGUGCAGGUGGUAUGUGCCAGAGUGUGGUACGAUAUGCCCGUCCCCAGAAGGCGAAAUCCGCUUCAGGAGAGUGGAAAUACAUAGUGAACACCGGUCAGCACACGCAAACGUUGCGACUGGAGAAGUGCAGUAAUCCCGGUGAGAGCUGUUCCUACCUGGCGCAGACUUACCGCUCCCACUGUUCGCAGGUGUACAACUACCAUCGAUUGCUCAGUUGGGACAAGGUUCGAGGUCUCCAUGUGGACAUAUUCAAGGUGCCCACCUGUUGUUCCUGCCAGGUGGAUGGCUAUCGCCAGCAGUUUCCACCACUCUCCUCCAUUCAGGCCAAGGACUACUCUCCCUUGAGCAACACGAAUGCUAAUCACAAUGGCUAUAGCACUAUUAACGAAGAGGAUCUGGACUAUGCAGAUGAGAGUGAGGAGGAUGAACUGGGUCUGCGUUAUCCCUCGUUCAAUAAUCGGGAAACCAACGAGCUGUACUCCAGCAGUAACAAGGUGCGAGUGAAGCUGCCUGGUAUUAGUACCAGUGUGGGUCCGUAUCUCAGUCCACCGGAUGAUGACGAUGAUCGCUAUGGCGGAUUCAAGGGCUCCAGUUCCGGCUCCAAGAAGUAUUACACCCAGUCGAGCCGCCGGCGGCCGCAGCAGUCGGAGGCGCGUCUGGACUUGGAUCUGGCGCCCAGUGAGACGCAUUCGGACCAAGAGGUAAACCUUUUCGCUGGCCCACCAAAUAACGGCGGUGCAGAGAAGCCGCGUGUCCCGCUCAAUCGCAAGCGUAUUUAUGCCUCCACCCACACAGCCCCCACCACCGCAACACAAUCAUCAUCCGCAUUCGCAUCCGCAUCCGCAGCAGCAUCCGCAUCAUCGUCCGCAGGAGGAGCUGCCGUCCGCCUACGAUUUCCACAGACCACAAGUAGUCUACCAGCCCGAACGGGAACAGCUGCCCUUGGUCCGGGAUCCGGUUAUGUCUCCGGUUUCAGCGGGCUCAGUGGUGCCCUCGCCAGCGGUGUCCCUGCCCAUGCCGCCCAUGCCCAUCAAACAGGUGGUGGUGGCAUCGCCCCACCUCCAGCAGCAGUAUCCCCAACAGCCGCACCACCUCCAUCUGGCCACCGGCAGCAAGGUGGGAAGUCGCGACCCCGCUUCUAUGCACCACCAGCCACGCCCACGACCGUCGCCGUGGUCGCCGGCUCAGCGCCGUCACUUUCGACCGAGCGCACCACUCAGUGGGAGCGGGAUCAGUCGACGGCACUACCACAACCACCGCCGGCCGGCUAUCCAGUGAGCUCGAUCUUCCCGAGCGGCGGCAAUGGCGAGGUGUCGGGCAAGCGGAUCAACUAUAACUACCAUCCCAUCAUCGAUUUCUUCGAGAAGAACCGCAGGGCGGAGGCGGCGGCCACAGUGACUCCCAUGGCAGAGGAAUCCCGCAUAGUGGAGCAGCGUAUAUACCCGCAGAAUACCCCUUCAUCGCAGCAAAAGGGAAUGGGCAUGAGCAUGGGCAUGGAGAGCAUCGCUGGAGUGUACCAACAUCCCAUUCCGGUGCCCAAGACUCACGAGCGGCGCAUGGGAUUCAGGGCAAAUGGUGGUGCCAGUGGUGUGGGUGGUGCAGGUGCUGUGGGUGGUGGUUUGUCCGGUUUCGCCAGCGAUAACGCCUGGCUGCCCAUGGUUGCGGAGUAGCUUAAGUCGCAUGAUUCCAUCAACAACCUAAACAUCCCCGAAAUCUAACGUAUUAACGCCGAUGCCUUAGCUCGUAAUCUCUGCCCUUCUCGCCAGGAGCUUAAUCUUGUAGUUUGUCUAAAUAGCUCCUAAUCUCAACCCUCAUAUCCACUGAACCCACUCUAAUGUUUAACCAACUAUGUUUAUUUAUUUAUUUAUUUUGUAGUGUGUAGCGAAAAAUAAGAGAUGAAUUGGUCAAGAGCUUGGUUGACUUGUCGCAA